UCCCGGCGCCCCCUGACCCCCGUGUCCCCGCAGACCAACAUCCCGUUCCUGCAGAACGUGCUGGCCCACCCGCAGUUCCUGGCGGGCGCGGCCGACACGCAGUUCAUCGACGAGAACCCCGAGCUCUUCCACCUGCGGCCGGGCCAGAACCGCGCCCAGAAGCUGCUGCACUACCUGGGUCACGUGAUGGUGAACGGGCCCAGCACCCCCCUGCCCGUGAAGGCCAAGGCGGCGCUGGUGGAGCCCACGCCGCCCCCGGUGCCCAUGGGUGAGUGGGGUGUCCCCGGGGUGUCCCCAGGGUGUCCCCAGGGUGUCCCCGGGGUGUCCCAGGGGUGUCCCCAGCGUGUCCCCAACGUGUUCCCAAUGUGUCCCUGGCGUGUCCUUGUCACGUGUCCCAUGCCCGACGGUGGGGAGGGGCUCGACGUGGCGUGUCUGAGGCCGGGCGUGUCCCCAGGCGCCACCUUCGACGUGGCCAUGCGGUUCCUGCACGAGUGCCCCUGGGAGCGGCUGCGGGAGCUGCGGCGCCUCGUGCCCAACAUCCCCUUCCAGAUGCUGCUGCGCGGCGCCAACGCCGUGGGCUACACCAACUACCCCGACAACGUCGUGCACCGGUUCUGCGAGGUGGCCGUGGCCAACGGCAUGGACAUCUUCCGCGUCUUCGACGCCCUCAACUACGUGCCCAACCUGCUGCUGGGCGUGGAGGCCGCGGGCAACGCCGGCGCCGUGGUGGAGGCCGCGCUCUCCUACACCGGCGACGUGGCCGACCCCACGCGCACCAAGUACAGCCUGGACUACUACCUGGGGCUGGCCCGCGAGCUGGUGGCAGCGGGGACACACGUGCUCUGCAUCAAGGACAUGGCGGGGCUGCUGACCCCCGCGGCCGCCCGGCUGCUGGUGGGGGCCCUGCGGGAGCAGCACCCCGAGGUGCCCCUGCACGUGCACACCCACGACACGGCCGGCGCCGGCGUGGCCUCCAUGCUGGCGGCCGCCCAGGCCGGCGCCGACGUGGUGGACGUGGCCGUGGACGCCAUGUCCGGCAUGACCUCGCAGCCCAGCAUGGGCGCCGUGGUGGCCUGCGCGCGGGGGACGCCCCUGGACACAGGCAUCGACCUGGAGCGCGUCUUCGAGUACAGCGAGUACUGGGAGGCGGCGCGGGGCCUCUACGCCGCCUUCGACUGCACGGCCACCAUGAAGUCGGGCAACGCCGACGUCUACGAGAACGAGAUCCCGGGCGGGCAGUACACCAACCUGCACUUCCAGGCCCACGCCAUGGGGCUGGGCCACAAGUUCAAGGAGGUCAAGAAGGCCUACACCGAGGCCAACAAGCUGCUCGGGGACCUCAUCAAGGUGACGCCGACCUCGAAGGUGGUGGGGGACCUGGCGCAGUUCAUGGUGCAGAACGGGCUCUCGCGGGAGGAGGCCGAGGCGCGCGCGGACGAGCUCUCCUUCCCCCUCAGCGUGGUGGAGUUCCUGCAGGGACACAUCGGGGUCCCCCCGGGGGGCUUCCCCGAGCCCUUCCGCUCCCGGGUGCUGAAGGAGCUGCCGCGGGUCGAGGGGCGCCCGGGGGCGUCGCUGCCCCCCCUGGACUUCGAGGCGCUGAGCCGGGAGCUGGGGGCGCGGCACGGGGCCCCCCCCAGCCCCGAGGAGCUGCUCUCGGCCGCGCUCUACCCCAAGGUCUACGACGAGUUCCGCACCUUCAGCAGCACCUUCGGGCCCGUGGCCUGCCUGGGCACCCGCCUCUUCCUUGAGGGGCCCACCAUCGCCGAGGAGUUCGAGGUGGAGCUGGAGCGGGGUAAGACGCUGCACAUUAAGGCGCUGGCGCUCGGGGACCUGAACGCGGCCGGGCAGCGCGAGGUUUUCUUCGAGCUCAACGGGCAGCUGAGAUCCAUCCUGGUCCGGGACACGCAGGCGCUCAAGGAGAUGCACGUGCACCCCAAGGCCGAGAAGGGGGCCAAGGGCCAGGUGGGCGCCCCGAUGCCGGGGGAGGUGGUCGAGGUGCGGGUCAAGGAGGGGGCGACGGUGGCCAAGGGGGACCCGCUGUGCGUCCUCAGCGCCAUGAAGAUGGAGACCGUGGUGACGGCGCCCGUGGCGGGCAAAGUCACCAAGGUGCACGUGCGCCCCGGGCUCAGCCUCGAGGGCGAGGACCUCAUCGCCGUCAUCGAGUAGAUUUUGGGGGGUUUCCCCCCAAAA